AUGUCAUCCUAGUUAAUUAAAGUAGAGUGUCCCUUACACAAUUCCGAGGCAAUUGCAAUUAAUUUAGAUCCUAACAUAUAAUUGCCAGAAAUGUUGUAAUGUAUAUACUGCCUCGUUGGAAGCACAUCUCGAUCAAUAGUCCCCUUGAGAGACAUCAAAAACAUACUUGAGAAUUUCGUCACUCUCCAAUAAUAGAAGAGCGAUGAAAUUAAUCAACUCAAAAGAACUUACUUGAUGUAACUAUUGGACAAUUUAUGUAAAAUGAAAUAAGAGAUCAAUAACUUUAUCGACAAUGGAAUCAAUAUUAUACAAACUCAAUUAUAAAUUGAUAAACAAGAAGAAGAGGAAGUGAUGAAAAACGUGGAAUCUGAAGUUAUAGGCUUCAAUUAACAGGUCAAAUAGAUAAUAGAGUAUUAAUACAGUUACUGUUAGCAGUAAAAGCUAUUAAAUGAAUUGAACUGGACACAACCACUUUCUGAAGUGCUUCAAUAGAUCAAUAAUUUCGAAGGAAUUUAAAAUUGUUUAGAUCUUUUGCGUGAUUUGAAAAACGAGUAUUAAAUGAAAAAUGAGAUUAAUAUCGUUGGUAAAUUACUGCUGAUUGAAUCUGAUCCAGAAAUAUUGAGAGGAAGUUCAAGUGAAACACCAAAAUUGAAUAUAGUUUGUUAAUAGCAUCAAAAAGAAAUUAUAAUGAUAGAUAUGAAUGAAAAUAUUGAAAAAUCAAUGAGAUUGUGUUGCAUUGAAUGUAUGCCAGAAACAUAUUGGUCAUUAACAAAAUGUAAAGAAAAAUGGAAGACUUUCGAAUAAAAAAAGAGAGCCUAUCUUUAGUAGUAAAUCUUUGACAUGGAAGCUUAAUAUGAGUAAAUACGAGAUCAAAAUAAGAAAAUUGAGUAGCAAAUUAUAGAACAAUUAAAAGGAGUAAGAGUAUAAUUUGAAGAUAUAUUGGCUAUAAACAAACGAAAAAUCUUAUCUAACAUUAAUAUGGUUAAUGAGGAUUGGAUAAAUUUAUCCUAAGAUGACAUUUUGGAAAGAGUGGAAAUACUGAUAAAAAAUGAAGAGUCUCAAAACCAAAUGAUUCAUAGUGAGUAUUAGUAAUUUUCUGAUUAUGCUUUGAAAUUACUAUAAGAAUAAGUAAAAGAGUUGAAAGUAUAAUAAUAGAAUUUAUACGAUAAUUUAAGAUCUACUUUAUGCCAUUCUUAGGAAAUUAGUAAAUCAGCUAGCUCUUCAGAUCAAAAUUGUUUAAAUGACAUCUAUUAUCAAAUAAAUGAAAUUGGGAGCUCAUCCAAAAAUACUCAAAAACUGUAAGAAUUGAUAUAAAUUCAAUCUUAUGACAUUGGUUCUGAUUUGAUUAAGAAAAAUCAAAGAAAGGAGAAUGAUAGUGCCUUUUCAUCCCCAAAAAAUAAUGGUUAUGAAGAUAUUCAAAUAGACAAAGAGAAUAUGGAUUUUGAGGAAAAACAACCAAUAUAAUAUCAAAUUAUAAGUAAGUAUUAAUAAGUCUAAAAUUGCUAUGCAAUAUCUGUUAAUUUUGAUUAAACCAUAAUGAUUAGCGGAUGUUCAAACGACAUAGCUAUUUGGGAGUUCAACAAUGGGAAGAUAAAACAUAUCCAAAAUCUGUAGGGUCAUUCGAAUCAAGUUAUAUCACUUUAAUUUAGUGUUGACAAGAAUGAAUUUGUUUCUGGUAGUACUGAUAAGUCAAUACGAUACUGGCAAUUAAUUAAUAAUAUUUGGCUCUGCAAAUAAGUACUCUUGGGACACAAAAGAUAAAUUGAUUGUUUAUUGAUGAGCAACAAUAAUCACCAAAUAAUAUCAUGUAGUUGUGACAAGACAAUAAGGAUUUGGAGAAAGAACCAAUAAUCCUUAUGGUUCCAAGUUCAGACUCUAACAAAUCAUUCUGCUUAUGUCAGAUGCAUAAGUCUGAGCAAAUCCCAGAAUUUGCUUGUUUCUUGUGGGGAAGAUAAGAUGAUAUUAAUAUGGGAAUUGAAUAAGUCUAAAGUAUGGAACUUAAAGCAAAGCAUAAAGAAUGACGAUUUUGGUUAUAGAAUUUGCUUUAUGGAUGAUAUAAAAAUAGCCUGGUAACCGCGAAGUUAAAAUAAAACGUAUUUUUAUGAGUAUGACACAAAAACAAAUCAAUUUGAAUUGGAUAAACAUCAUAUAAUGUUGCAAUAUUCUAGUGAGGGUUAUUAAAACUUUUUUCCUUCAAUUUAUAAUGAAUAAAAGCAGGUUCUUAUAAAUAAGCAUGGCUAAUUCGUUUACAUCAUGAAAAUGAAUGAGUCACACAGUUUGGAGAUCUCACAAGUCAUAAACAUAGGUCAUUAUUGUAAUUAUGGCUCAUUGACUAAUGAUGGUUAAUUUUUGGUUAUAUGGGAUGAAAAGUCAAAAUGCUUAUAAGUUAGACAAGCCACAUUUUGA